ACAAAUUUUAAAAUGUGUUGGGAUGAACGAACCCAGACCCAAUACCCUAUCACCGGCCUAGUACCCACCCGCCACGCUCUCUCACUCUCUCUCUCCGCUUCUUUGAGAGCGACACAGCAUUCCCUGUUUUCCUCUCACUCCACGGAGAACCACAUCGUCUCGCUAAAUAUUGUUACUUUCCCAUCGUUGUUAAGCGUUUUUGGUGCCCUAGAUACAGUAUUGCACGUUUUAUUUCACACAAGUCUCGUGUGCUCAGUGUCACCAAUGGGACGUAAUUCAUCUACUCAUUCUGAAUCGCCGGUUAGGGGUCGAAGUUCUCCUCGUAGAAGGAGCCCACCUCGAAGAGAAAAGUCUCCACCUCGUCACAGGAGUUCACACAAGGCAAUAUCUCCGCCAAGAGACAAACCUGCAAACCAAACCAGGUCCCCAAGACGUGGAAAGUCAAGGUCGCCUUCACCUCGCACGAAAAGGUUAAAGAGAGCUGAAGUUGAAAGAGGGACCGAGAAAGUGAGUGUGAGCAGGGAGAAUGAGAGGCACAACUCCAGGGGAGAUGACAGGGCUACACGCAGGGAAAGGGGUUCGGAAAAGGAAGUGCCGAGUGAGAAAAGGGAGAGAAGAUCAGGAAGAGAUGCAGCUGAUGGGGGGUCUUCUAGAUCAAGACAUGGGCGGUCAACUUCGCCAUCAGAUCGUCACCGCAGUAGUAGACACAGAUCUCGCUCACCUCGUGUGGCUAGUGAUAAGAGCGAGGUGACAAACUCGACAGGAGCUGAACAUAGGAAUGGUGAUAAUGAUUCAGUAGCUAUAAUGAAGGCCACUGAAGAGGCCCUGGAAACAAAGGAGAAGCAAAAGCCUUCAUUCGAGCUCUCUGGGAAGCUUGCUGCAGAAACUAAUCGAGUCAAAGGUGUGACCCUGCUCUUCAAUGAACCCCCGGAAGCUAGAAAACCAGAUAUAAGAUGGAGACUUUAUGUUUUCAAGGGCGGUGAAGUGCUUAAUGAACCCCUUUACGUUCAUCGCCAAAGUUGUUACCUAUUCGGGAGAGAGAGGAGGGUAGCAGAUAUCCCGACGGACCAUCCAUCCUGUAGCAAACAACAUGCUGUGCUUCAAUAUCGCCAAGUGGAAAAGGAGCAACCUGAUGGUACUUCAUCGAAGAAAGUUUGGCCUUACUUGAUGGACCUCGGAAGCACAAAUGGAACUUUCGUUAAUGAAAAUCGCAUUGAGCCUGAACGUUAUUACGAACUUUUUGAAAGAGACACUAUUAAGUUUGGUAAUAGCAGCCGAGAAUAUGUACUACUGCACGAGAACUCAGCAGCAUGAGUCAAUUCAAUUCACUGAAUUAGCAUUAAGAGAUAUCGAGAGAUCUUGUUUGGAAAAGCCAAAUUUCACUUUUGUCUAGUGAUCAAAUAGUACAUCGUUGCCUAAGUAUUGAACUUGAUGGAGUAUCCACUUCAAGACAUGUUGGAACUACAAGGGUAUUCUAAGAAGAUUCACAUUUCCUUGAUCGGUGAUGGUUUUUCUGCACUCAAUUACAGCGUGGACUUGUGACUAUUCGGUGGAUUUUGUUUGAUCGGGACAGGUUUCUUUCAACUUUUGUUUGCAUUUGAAAUCCUGUCUGUUGGUGCUUCACUUCUGCUCGUCUCUCUGUGAGAAAAUGGUGGUGGUGCUCCAAUACGGCCUUGGAACCGUUCUCUUCUUUUUUUGUUAUUUUUAAUCUUUGACAGGGGAACCCUAGAUAUUAUGCUAACUUACGAAGUUGGUUUGGGCUUGGGUUUUGGAAUUCCUCUUGUAAUGGCUUCAUCGAGUUCACAUCAACUACUGACUAUACCUUACCUUUUCGAAGAAGCUUGGUACUGCUUCUUGAGGAUUAUCUAUUGUGUAAGCCGAGCGAAUCAUGGUUUUAGAUUGUAUCAGACCAUCUCGAUGUUUUAAAUUGAGGGUUUUAGAUUGGUUAAAUUUA